ACCGUGCAUGGGAGAUCACCAGAGCUGACUUGAGCGCACAGCAAGGCAGUGGAAUCAUUACUCAAUGAAAAUUGAAGUAUUGAGCCAUGCAGAAUGACAAAUGCUUGUUUAAAAAGGGUAAAGACCCGUUUUCUGUCUUGUGUAAUGAUGCGUGACAACGGUAUGAGGAUAACCUUGAUAACUUCGACGACAAUGCUCCAAUUUUGGGGUGUUAUGAUUAUGAAACUGCUACACUUUUCAGCAUUCAGGAAAUAGGCUUAUAGAGAACAGUUAGGCUACUCAACGUAAGGAAAAGCAGUAUGCUGACAACAUUUCGCUCCUUGCUCACCGAACAGGACAGCGACUCAUGGGAUGUAGUGUGGGCUGUAGAACAAGGCUCAACUUUGGAAAGGCGCUGUCCAAAGUAUCCGUGUGUUUUACCAUGGUCGUGAUUUUCACCUAUUUCUUCUACUGUCUUACCGGAUUAUGUGACUCCGCGCCGAGACAGAUGUUCGACCAUCACACUGUAAACAGAGACUAUGAUAUAUCGGACCGUACGUACGACAACCUGCGACCGUCAGCUCGACUCUAUCCUCACCAGCCGGGCGCACCGACUCCCUGGAACAGGACAGACACUUCAACGGGCGCCGCGCUCCACCGUGCAGACGAACAGGUCGCCAAACUACAGUGGGUUGAAGGAGGACUGCUCCCACAAGAGAUACCGGAGAGCACCAAGGAAAAUCUAGCUGCUAACGGCAUCCCGGUGUCCAACACAUUUGAGAGUAAGAAGUUCCCACAAGCCAUCAUAAUCGGUGUGAAGAAAGGCGGAACGCGCGCUCUGCUGGAGUUCCUACGGAUUCAUCCGGACGUGAGAGCUGUCGGGGCAGAACCUCACUUUUUCGACAGGUUCUACGAGAAAGGACUUGAGUGGUACAGGAACCUGAUGCCUCGGACCCUGGAAGGUCAGAUCACCAUGGAGAAGACGCCCAGCUACUUUGUGACCAAGGAGGCUCCUCGUCGCCUCUGCACCAUGAACUGCCACACCAAGCUCAUUGUAGUCGUCCGCGACCCCGUGACCCGGGCAAUCUCCGACUAUACCCAGACGCUGUCCAAACAACCCGGCCUCCCCUCUUUCCAGAGCCUGGCCCUCAAGAAUACCUCUACGGGAUUGGUCGACACCUCGUGGAGCGCCGUGCGCAUCGGCCUGUACGCCAAGCACCUGGAGAACUGGCUCCAGCACUUCCCCUUAUCUCACUUCCUGUUCGUCAGCGGCGAGCGGCUGGUGUCCGACCCGGCGGGGGAGAUGGGUCGGGUGCAGGACUUCCUGGGUCUGAAGAGGGUGGUGAGCGACAAGCACUUUUACUUCAACCAGACGAAGGGAUUCCCCUGUCUGAAGAAGCCAGAGGGAAGCAGCAGGCCUCGGUGUCUGGGGAAGUCAAAAGGAAGGCCUCAUCCACAGAUCUCACCAGAGGUACUGCAGAGGCUCAGGGACUUCUACAGGCCAUUCAACCUCAGGUUCUACCGGAUGACUGGACAAGACUUUGGAUGGGACUGAGCCGUCCACCAAUGUUACAUGGAAAUCAAGCCAAAGCAUGAAAAUGAUUACUUUAAAACAUGUGGAGAGGACACUGCUUUCAUCAAGACAGGAAACACAAGACUGACAUUACAUUUGUCAAUGAGGGAACAGGGGUUCUAGGUUACCACUUUGACUUGUGACAUGGUAUGCAUUAUACAAAAUGUUGGCAUUUUAUAGUUUCAGUAUGUGUAUGUUGCUACAUGUAAGAAUAAUGUAAGAACUCAUUGUUUUGCCAGUGUAAAGUACAUGAACCAGGAGAUCAUGAUACAUGUCACACAGUAAGUAGACCAAAGGACGUUGAUGACUUGAUACCUCUGUGUGAGGAGACUCAUGUAAAAUGGAUUAUACAAAGGAUUAUAACCAACCUUUUUCUGACCUGUGUGUGUGUGUGUGUGUGUGUGUGUGUGUGUGUGUGUGUGUGUGUGUGUGUGUGUGUGUGUGUGUGUGUGUGU